CAUUAGAAACAGAAUAAGAAAUUGGAUUUGCGUGUAGGCACGGCGGCUGCCGGGGAAGGAGAUGUGACCCGCUCGCUGCCGUUAUCACCCCCUAUCGUGGGACACGGCAGGGGCGCAGCCCGGGGAGCAGCCGCUCGUCCUCCCGCACCCCCUGGGCUCCGGGUUGCGGCGCAGCGUCGCUUUCUCACCCCGGGAGCCGUCGCCGGGCCGCUGUGACAGGUGCGGCAGCCCCCGGCCGCGGGCAGCGGCAGCACGCGGAGCGAGCACCCGGCGCGCAUAAAAGUCAUGGGGCGGCGGCGCGGAGGCAGGAAGCAUGAAGGCCGCCGACGGGGCGGCGGGCGCCGGGCAGCAACGGGCGGGAGACGGCGGCGGAACCGCGGGGCGACCACCGGUCGGGAACGGCGGGAGGCGGAGGAGGCGGAGGGAGGGAGGUGGCAGGCAGCGGGCGGCGGCUAACGCCCGGGAGCGGGACCGCACGCAUAGCGUCAACACAGCUUUCGGCGCCCUGCGGACGCUCAUCCCCACCGAGCCGGCAGACCGCAAGCUGUCCAAAGUGGAGACGCUGCGCCUGGCUUCCAGCUACAUCUCGCACCUGGCCAACGUGCUGCGACUGCAGAGCCCCGCCGCCCCGCAGCCCUGCCCGCAGCGCCCCAUCUGCACCUUCUGCCUCAGCGAGCAGCGCAAGCGGCACCGAGAGGCUGAGGGGCCGCUGACGGUGUGAGCUGCAGACCGAGAAGCUCGCGGCGGAGGGAAGCAGGAUCCUGCAGCGCCCUCCGACAGUUACUUCUUCAGCCCUCACGCUUCGGUUUGCGCCUCUGCUGGUUUGUUCGUGGGCACCGUGAGGAUGAAACCGAACCCUACGGACACGCUUGCACCUGGCACAGCAGCUAUUUUCGCACAAGAAACGUUAAACCUGAGCAUCCCGGCGGCCCCACUGCCUCCCCAACCUGUGUCACAUGGUGGAACCUGACCCGCCCCACGCACCGCCGGCAGGGGCUGACACGAGGCCGCCCACUCCUCUGCACGACCUCAUCAGCAGCCCCAGGGAAAGGUUGCUUUGGUGUGUGGGAAGCUCCCAUAGCCAGCACUUCGUGUCCCAGCCCGGCAGCACGUGAUGCUUUUCCCUUCUUAACAGAGCAGCUCCCCCCCAGCCCUCCUAAUAGCAACGGGUAUUGGUAUGACUGGCAGCAACUGUGCGAUAGAGGGGGGUUCCCAAGGGCUCUCUAAAAUUACCCAUCACCCAGGCAGUUCCUAUGUUGUGCCUGUACAACACUGGUAUCACCUGUCUCCCUGCCAUUUAUUAGCUUACAUACUGUGAGCUUGCUUUUUAACAAAACUAAAAAGCAGAUGUGCAUGGGAUGGUUUUUGUCCAUGAAUAAAGUGGUAAGCUAGACAUAUAAGGCCCACUAGUGGCGGACUGAAAAUAUAGCUGCUGUCUUUAACAUAGUUAUAUACACAAUCAUAGAACCCUUAGAGUUGAGAGGAACCUCUGAAGGCCAUCUAUUCCAACUACCCUGCGAUCAACAGGGACACCACAACUAGAGCAGGUUGCCCAAGGCCUCACAUAUUUAGUUAGCCCUUUGUUAUUCUUUCUACUUUGUGAAUUACUUUCUAUUCUUUAAAAGCUUCUAACAGUACCAACUGAGAAGUGCUCCAAAAACAACUGCCCUUUUCGCCUCCCCUAUGCCAGUUGUUCAGUUCUCCUCCACAGCCAAAUUUGAGGAUCUGCACUGCGAAGGGUCUGAAGCACAGACCUAUGGGGAGCAGCUGGAGGAUCUGGGGUUGUUUGGUCUGGAGGAGAGGAGGCUCGGGGGAGAUUCAAAGCACAAAGCCAAUUCUGGCAUAUAUCAUAAAGAACUUUUAGCAAGAACAUCUUGGUGUAUUGCUUGUGCAAAAGCACUGUUUCAGUUUUUUUUCCUCACCUCCCCAACGCACACUGCCUUAUUUUGACACUAAGAAAAGAGAAAAAACAACACAGUACCUAGAAAAUCUGCACUACAUUUCUUAAAAAUCCAAGUUGAGGAAAAUACUGAAGCUACUGAAGUUUCAGUGAGCCCACACCCUACUCACCUACUGGAAGCUACAUGCUGUAUUUUUGUGGAUUGAGAAGAACUUAAUGGCUUUAGACAUUUUCCAUCAUUACUUUUCUUUCAAAUUGCUGCAAGAUUAUUAUUUUUGUUUUGCUUUGGCAUUGAUUCUUCAAGCUCAAACUCCUUAUGCAGAGUGCUUUCUCAUUUUUGGUAUUGUGUCAGUGUGUGUGCAGGUAUAGAUUUCUACAAACACAUCUUCCAAACAUGACUUUCUUUUUGUAGGCUUGAAGAAGUUUGUCUGUUAAAAACUUCCUUACUUUACAAGUGAACCAUAUCAUAGAGCAAGUUCUACAUCCAUUAAACCAAAGUAUCAGAGUUGCUUAGCAGCCAACACUAUUCAUUUAGUUGUAUAAUUCAACAUAAUAUACUGAAAUGAAAGAAGUAAUGCAAUUUCAAACAAUUUUGGGUAAAUUUUGUAUUGAUUAUGCUCUGAAUUUUGCAGUGUUGUGAUGUCACUGUAGUUACAGAAGUGCCUCUUGGGCUAUUAAAAUACAUUGCAUUUGCCACCUCUACAGCUAUUAAAAGCAUAAAGAAAAUGAGGUUUACCUUUUCACUGUAAUAUUAGUUGAGAGCUCAUUGCUUGGAAGUUGUGAAUCAUUUGCACAACUCCACAGGAAUUUGACUUUUUUCCCCACUAUAAAACUAGGAAGAUGAAAUCUCAUUUACAGGAGAUUUACACAGAAUAUUUUUUCAGUAACAAAAACAGGAGCAGGCUGGUACGACUUGGCCAUAUCUCCUGCUUAAGGCAGCUCUGUGUAGCUUUAAAUUCUUCUCUCUUUACUCAGGAUGAACAGUUGAGUUCAGCUGGACUUGAAGAUUUCAGUAUUAUGCUCAGGGUUUCAAUUACUAAAUAAUAUUGGAGUUUCAGUAACACUGAUCGCAUGUGGCAGAAAUUGGGCCCCAGAGUACUGUGGCCCAAAUAUUCAUGGUAUAGACAGAUAAUACUUAUCCAAAACAAUUAUGAUCAUAAUUUCUGAGGAACAGACCUUAAGCCCACACAUACACAGACUGAAUGCUGUGCAUUUGUACAUAAAUAGGGACAGUUCCUCACCUUUCCUGAAAGUUGUUUGUAAUUUAAAACCCCUCUGUCUCCAGGAGCAAGGAGAGCUAGAGAAGCGAGCUGCUAUACAUCAUGUAAAUCCUAUACGCCCCUAAUAAAACCAGGGAAAGAGUUUAAUUUUUAGACAGAUGAACUGAGUUCUCAAUGUUCAUCUCUAAAGAGAGUAAGCACCAGGUCAGUUAUCAUUAAUUUUUUUUUUUUUUUUUGAGUUUACUGUAUGAAUUCAUCUAUCUUAUCACUUCUAUUAUUUUAACCAUUUGGUAGAGAGGCAUUGUUCAUAGCAUGCACAAAUACGCAUUUAUGAGACAAAACUGUGAAACUUGGGAGUUUAAGAGCAAGUCCUUUACCAGGCAUUGGGAUGACUGGAGCUUUUCCAGACCUGCUGAGCAUCUGCUUGUUUUACCAAAUCUUGUUUUCCUACCUAUUUGUAGGUACACUCUGUUCUAUUAGAACAGAAACAUGCCUAAUGCCAGUGCUGUCUGUUAUCUUGCAUACACACAGCUAUUCAAUUUACAUGAUACAUGAGUAGAAGUGGGAGAUGUAUAUACACCAUUUGAUCUUAGAUCCUAUUAACUGUCAAAAUAUUCCAAGCACAGUACUUUGUGCAAAUCACUGUACUUAGCCUGCUUGUUACAAUACAAGAACAGCAUCAAGCAAAAUGAAUAAAGCACAUUUGAUUGUACUGGUUAAGUUUAAAUAACUAUUUGAACAUAGCACUUGGUUAUCUAUGGAUUAGUCAUAAUGUAAAGGAAUGCAUUUAUGUUUGCUACUGUUUUCAAUUCUGUACUUCAAAACAGAAGUUUUCUUUCUGAUAACUUCUCGAGAAGUCUGCUUCUUUACA